AUGGCGGACAACCACGGAUCAGAAUCGUCGCAGACAUCGACAGACCCCGAGGCUCAGAGAUUAGCAAUACUCAGACGCGUAGCGCAAGAGCACUUGCGAGAAAUCGGGCAGCAAGAAGUCAAGGAGCGUGUGGAGGAACAAGAAGUGCAGGCAGUACUUGAUGACGAAACUAGGCGGCGACUGAAAGGCGACUUCUCCCGCAACCAGACACGCGAGGCAUCCGAAGAGAAGGGCGCUAAGAUGAGGACUGCCCAAGAUGUCCUCGACCGGAUACGCUGGGAUCCUAGUCUUAAGAUUGAGGAAUUCGUCGUUGGCUAUCUCGACCGUUUUGGCGGUAACAAGGAAUUGCGGGCAUCGAUGUGGCUGAAUGAAGUUACGGAGGAGGAUUGGGUGCCGCAGCAUCGCAUCAGAUACUUCAAACGGGUAGCCGGAGAUACAGAGGAGGUGGUAUGGCAUCGCUUCGAUCGCGUCGACAAGAUCUUUGGGAGUACUGGCCAGAAAAUAGAUGGAGAUUGA